AUGCUGACGUCAAUGUCUUGUAGUGCAGACUUCCUUCCAAGUCGCCUUUGGCCUACAAGGCGUGCCCGUAUCAGACAAGUAUGUGUUUUGCAUGGCCUUGGCGGCAUUGGCAAGACGCAACUGGCCAUCGACUUCGCCCGUCGUUACAAGGCCACCUUUAGUGCGAUCUUCUGGCUAGAUGGGCGGUCUGAGGAUCAAUUGAAGCAGAGCUUCGCCAGAUGCCUUGGCAGAAUCCCUGAACUUCGGACCGCUAGCCGCACCGACUUGAACCUUAACAGCGAGGAGGAUCUUAAUGUUAUAGUAAUGAAAGUGAUUGAGUGGCUCACUAGACCGAGCAAUACUCAAUGGCUGCUAAUUUUUAACAAUAUCAAUCAAGAUCAGCAGCAAGGUGAUUACAACACCCUUCUUGAGUUAUUACAAGGUCUACCACUAGCUUUAGCGCAAGCUACGUCAUACUUACAAUCUGAUGAUCCUCUAACGGAUUACAACCAAGGAAGUAUUGCCACUACAUAG